GGAUUCGACACGCGUGGUACGCAGUAUUCGGGUGCACGAUUAGCAUGGGAAUCGGUAGCGUGGCCGUUGCAGCAAGGCAACCGAGUGCCGAUCGAAAACGACGAGCAGGCGGCCACUCGACUGAUACCUGCUUCACAGCAACCCGAAUCACUUCUUGCCACCACCGGAAAGGCAUCAGCUGGUGCUGCUGCUGCUGCUGGAAGGGCGCAAGUAAGCAGCACAAAUAAGACACGAACAAAGCGAUCGUGGGCCGAUGAAUUUAUCGAUAUCUUUGUGCAGAUACCGUGCUAUGGUAGUCCAAUUCCAGCAAUGGAUUUCCUGGCUCAGUUUGUGCUGGAAGUGCCGUCUUAUGAGGCACUGUUUGAGAUGAAUUUCUUGAAAACUCUGUGCUCGGUGCAUACGCAUCUAUUUGAAGCGCUUGACCCAUUCACCGAAAUUACACCGUAUAGGUGA